AGGAACAGGGAAUGAACAAGGAAGAACUGCGCCGGCUCUCCCAUGCACAAUACACAGGACCCCGCGGAGACCCGGUCCUCUACUGGCACCCAGACUGACAGCAUGCAGGGUCAAGUACCAAGACUGUCUAAAGUCAAUCUGUUCACUUUACUGAGUCUGUGGAUGGAAGUGUUUCCUUCUGAAGAACCUGACAGAAAGAAGUCACAGGUAAAAAAGACUGGUCUUGUCGUGGUUGCAAAUAUGAAGGUGAUUGACCUCCACUGUUCCAGCAAAGAGCUACAUGCAGGUCAAAUUGCUGUUAUUAAACAUGGAUCAAGACUCAAGGACUGUGAUCUCUAUUUCUCGCGGAAGCCGUGUUCAACCUGCUUAAAGAUGAUUGUAAAUGCGGGUGUGAACAGAAUUUCCUAUUGGCCAGCAGACCCCGAAAUGAGCCUACAGCAGGAUUCCUCCGACCGUACCGGCAGCGGGGAUGCCAAGCUCGAUGCAAAGGCCGUGGAGAGGCUGAAGUCAAACAGCCGUGCCCACGUCUGUGUGCUGCUGCAGCCCCUGGCGUGUUACAUGGUGCAGUUUGUAGAAGAGACGUCUCUAAAAUGUGAUUUUAUUCAGAAGCUUGAAAGGAAGCAUCCUGAUUUUACCAAGAGUUUAUUUUACGACUACCGCCAGGAGAGGAUUAAAGAAUACGAGGCGCUGUUUUUAAUAUCCAGUGAUGAACAGCACAAGGAGAUUUUAAGAUUGAUGGGUCUGGAAAACCUCUGUGAGAAUCCGUAUUUUAUUAACUUAAGACAAAAUAUGAAGGAGCUCGUUCUCAUUCUUGCGACUGUGGCAUCUAGUGUUCCUCGCUGCUAUGAUUUUGGUUUCUACCUCAGUAAUCCGCAGAUGGCUAGUGGCUUGACUUAUCCGAGUCUCACCCAGGACAUUGCUUGGCAUUGUAUCAUUCAAGCACGCCUGCUGGCAUACCGCACCGAAGAUCACAAGAUAGGAGUUGGCGCUGUUAUUUGGGCAGAGCAUCAAUCUAACUCCAUAGAAUGUGAUGGUACGGGAUCUAUGCAUUUCCUUGGCUGUGGAUACAAUGCUUAUCCAGUGGGUUCAGAGUAUGCCGACUUUCCACAUAUGGAUGACAAGCAAAAAGAUAGAGAAAUUCGGAAGUUUCGAUAUAUCGUCCACGCUGAACAGAAUGCUUUAACAUUCAGGAGUCAUGAAAUUAAACCUGAAGAGAAAAGCAUGAUCUUUGUGACAAAGUGUCCAUGUGAUGAGUGUCUGCCACUGAUCAAAGGUGCUGGAAUCAAGCAGAUCUAUGCCGGGGAUGUGGACAUCGGGAAAAAGAAGGCAGAUAUAUCCUAUAUGAAAUUUGGUGACCUCAAAGGAGUCAGUAAAUAUACGUGGCAGCAAAAUUCACACAGAGUCUUUGUUGAUAACGUGACAGAUUCUGAAGCAACAGAAAAUGGAGUUCUAAAAAGCAAAGCAAAAGACGACGAUUUGAACAGUACCAGCAAGAAGAUGUGUCUUAGGGACAAGUAAAACAUGAAGUGUCAGAACCUCGCUCACUAAAACCAAG